UGUACUAGGGUACGCACCAUUAUCUUUCAACUCGACUGGAAUACUAACCCCUUGUUCUAGCAUAAAUGAUAUAUAUUCUUGCUUGUUAAUUCAGGGUAAGCGACCGUAUUUGCAGGCCUUAAUAGGAAGCUAAUACUCUGAUUAGAUGUCUGACCUGCCGAGUCAAGGAGGCGAAGUGGUAUAGAUGAGUCUGACACAUUGUAUUUUCGUACACAUUCGUCACGGUUAUUAGUCCAUGAUUUCAAUUAUUAUUGUUGUUUUUCUUUUACUUUCUAUGUAAAACAAAACAAAACAUAGGACUCGGAUUUGCCACGCAGAUGCGUUGGCCCUCACCAACUAGUACGAUAUUUAAUAGCAAAACCAAGACGCCGGGAACUGUCAAGCACUUCAUUGUAACUACGGAACAAAUGUUCAAAUCCAAGGAAGGAUACCUCACACGAUUUGGUCAUCUCAUCCGGACGCUGGCAUUUCGGAAAACAAUCAGGCGUGUUUUCGUAGACGAGGCUCACUUCAUUUAUUUCGCUGGUACUCCACGGUACAACGUUCCCGCAUUCCGACCAUCCUGGGGUCGCUUGAAUGAGAUAAAAAUACUCCUUCCCUCCAUUCCUUGGCAGGUAUUAACAGCGACGUCGCCACCUCAUGUUCUCUCGGUCAUUGAGACUGCUGUCCUGAAGCCCAACUAUGAGCUUAUUCGUAUCACAAGCAACCGGCCGAAUACUAUAUAUGCGACCCAUUGCAUGGUCAAAAGCCUCGAUGUUAUGGAGAACUACGACUGCUUUCUGCCUUCCCCCUUCGAUAUCAAACUCCAAAAAAAAAUCCUUCUCUUUUUCAACGAUCGAAAUCUUGGCCGCCGUGUUGCCAGCUAUCUGAACGGGAAGCUCCCAGAGAAUCUGAAGUCGCAAGAUCUAAUCAAACACUAUGACAGCAUUAUGUCUCCUCAGUAUCUCGAAAAAUAUCAUUCUGACUUUGCACGAGAAGAUGGGAAGUGCAAAAUUCUUUGUGCAACGUCUGCCGAAGCAGUGGGCAUCGACUUUGCCGACGUGGACAUUGUUGGAUAUAUGGGUAUACCACAGGAUGAAUGUGACGAUCUUCAACGAGGUGGGCGAGUUAUACGAAGAAUGGGUAAGAUCGGUCUUUAUGUGAUUUUCUAUGAGCCCUGGGUGCUCGACGUCGACAUCAAGGACUUUGACAAUCCAUUAAUGGACGAGAAAGACCCCGACAGACCUCGAGCGCCAUUGAAACCAACAUCAAACAAGAAAGAACGAGCUGCGCUUUCAGCAAUACGACUCAUUCAAGGUCAUGAGCCGGUAUGCAUUCGAGAAUUCAAAGCAAAGUAUUUAAAAGACGAUGCACCUGAUGCUCUGCACUACUUCGCUCCCUUCUGUUGCGACCGCCAUGGUAAUGGAUUUGAGCUGCAAGAUUUCCUUCCUGGCCCAAUCUACAGGCCGCAUACGGAGACCAGUACAUCCAAGCGCAAGCCAGUUCGGGGAAAGUACCGACUUCCCAAAGCUCACCGCGUUAUCCUGCAGCAGCACCUUGAAGACUGGCGCCAGAUGGAACAUGAAGCGGACGUCCUGAAGUCAGUCCGGCCACUUCGAUCAUUUGACGAGAGGCACCAGUCGCUGAAGCAAAGAGACCAAGUAUGA